AUGGAACCCUAUGGAGCCGGCGCGACUGGUCAUUUCCCAUCAAGUCACUUCAUAGAGACUGUAAUCAUUGAAAAAUCCUCUGUGAAGGACAAACAACAGGUGGAUUCAGCUGCUGUCAGAGAUGGAAGACAAACACCUGGUGACUUCAGCAGCCUCUACAGCAAAGACCUUCUCCCAGCAUCAAGCGGUGAGGAGAUUACCAGAGGGUUCCUGCAAGAGCUGGUUAACAUCCUGUUCACUUAUAUCUGCAAGUCAAGUCAGAGGAGCUCCAAGGUCCUAGACUUCCACCAUCCUCACCAGCUAAAGGAAGGACUGGAUGGAUUCAAUCUGAACCUGCCGGACCAACCGGAAACUCUGGAACAGAUACUAGUGGAUUGUAGAGACACACUCAAGUAUGGUGUCAGUACAGGCCAUCCACGUUUCUUCAACCAGCUGUCUUCAGGUCUGGAUGUGAUUGGUACAGCUGCCGAGUGGCUGAUCUCUACAGCCAACACUAAUAUGUUUACAUAUGAAGUGUCUCCUGUCUUUAUCCUCAUGGAGGAGGUUCUGCUGAGAAAGAUGCAAAGCAUCGUGGGAUGGUCCACUGGCGAGGGAGACGGAAUCUUCUGUCCAGGAGGCACAAUAUCAAACCUGUACAGCAUCCUUGUGGCCAGAUACCAUUUCUACCCAGAGGUGAAGACCAGAGGGAUGGGAGUUCUGCCUCAGCUGGGCAUCUUCACUUCAGAGCAUAGUCACUAUUCAGUGAAGAAAUCUGCAGCAGUGCUGGGGCUUGGCACUGAGAAUGUGGUCGUAGUGAAAUGUGAUGAAAGAGGGAAAAUGAUUCCUGCUGAACUCGAGUCCUCCAUUGUUACAGCUCAAGAAAAGGGUGUGGUUCCAUUCUACGUGAAUGCGACAGCAGGCACCACGGUGUACGGCGCCUUCGAUCCUCUUGAUGCCAUCGCAGACAUUUGCCAUAGACACUCGCUGUGGAUGCAUGUUGAUGCAGCGUGGGGUGGAGGCCUGCUGAUGUCAGACAGACACAGGAUGAAACUACAGGGCAUUGAACGAGCCUGGUCUGUAACUUGGAAUCCUCAUAAGAUGAUGGGAGUCCCUCUUCAGUGUUCUGCCAUACUGGUCAAGAAGAGAGGUCUCCUGAGGCAGUGUAAUGAGUUGGGAGCGGAGUACCUCUUCCAGACGGACAAGCCCUACGAUGUGAGCUAUGACACGGGGGAUAAGAGCAUCCAGUGUGGCCGACAUGUGGAUGCCUUUAAACUUUGGCUCAUGUGGAAGGCAAAGGGCUCGCAGGGUUUUGGGGCUCAGGUUGACAAAUGCCUAGAGAAUGCAGAGUAUCUGUAUGAUCAACUGCAGAGGAGGACAGGCUUUGAACUGGUCUACAAAAACAAACCGGAGCACAGUAAUGUGUGUUUCUGGUACACCCCCCCCAGUCUGAGAGGCCUGCCACUGGGACCGGAUAGAGACACAAGACUUCAUCAGGUGGCGCCACAGAUCAAAGGCAGGAUGAUGGAGAAGGGCUCUGUUCUGAUUGGCUAUCAGCCUCUGGGAGCCAAAGUCAAUUUCUUCAGGUGUGUGUUCUCCAAUCCUGCCACACAACAAGAGGACAUCGACUUCCUGCUGGAUGAGAUCAUCAGGCUAGGCCAUGACCUGUGACCUGUAAUAUGAUUGUUUUACUGUGCUACAGCUAUUGCCUCUGCUUUAAAGCACAGUGUGCAAGAUGAGAAUUUGUUAGAAAUUUAAAAAAAAUGAAAUAUCAGCUGAGUGUGAACGCACUGUGUUGACAGACGUCUGUACUGUUUUUUUUGUAAGUUUAAUUGCCACUUUAACUCAUCGUUAAUGCACUUACACAAAAAGGCGUCAAAAAAAAGCUUUGACUUUCCACAAUCAUCUCCGGUUUGGUUGGAUAAAUCCUGAAGACUCCCAUCAGCCAACAGGUCCACAGCUAACUGAGCUACUUGCUAACAGCUGCUAGUCACUAGAGCGGUGAGAAUAAGUUGCAGUUAGUGAAUGUUUCCCCCUAAAAGUACCUUUGAAGUCUACAAAUUAAAACCUUUAACAUAAUACAUUUACCAGUUAAUUGAACAGCAUUUUUUUUUUUUGGAGGUUGAACUUUUACAAUCAUUGUUAAAGGUCAUCUCAUUCAAGUAAAUCUAUCUGAAAAUGUU